UCUCUAUGCAAAGAUGAUCCUAAUUAUAUUACACCAUAUCCAGUACCUGGAAGGUUGGAAGGUUUGGAAAAUCUCUUGCCUGGAAAAAAAGAUGUUUCAUAUUGGGUGUAUCUUUCCAAGCCUAUGUUUGCAAUAUAACAAAACCAGUUCAACAACUAACCUGAGCAUUCAGUUGCUUUCAUAUCUACUCAUACUUUUUUCUCUCUUUUUUUCCUAGCUAGCCAUGGAUUUUCCUUUCACCAAUGAUUCCCUUCCUAAAGCAAUUACUUCAUUUGGCCUUGAUCUUUACCAUAAACUGAACAAAAGUGGCAUUUGCAAAAACCUCUUCUUCUCUCCCAUGAGUAUUUCAGCUGCCCUGGCCAUGGUUCUUGGAGGUGCCAGGGGAAACACUAAAAGUCAGAUAGAAAAGGCUCUGCACUUUAAUAGAACUCCAGGAGGUACAAAACUACCACCUGCUUCUGAGAGGACAACAGAAGAUGGGUCAGAGAGUGCCCGUCACUUCCCAGUGGAAAAUCCACAGGAAGGAGAAAUUUCCUCAGAGUUCAAGAACCUCCUGUUUCAACUGAAUCAACUCAGUCACGGUUACCAAUUGAGCCUGGCCAACAGUUUGUUCAUACAAAAAGGUUAUACGUUUUAUCAGCAAUAUCUCACACACACUAAGGAAACUUACGAAGCUGUGUUGCAGACGGUUGACUUUUCUAAAGCUGUUGAAGAAGCAAGGGAGGCCAUUAACCUUGAGGUGGACAAACAGACCCAUGGAAAGAUCAAAGAACUUUUUGCUCCACAUGCAAUUGGGCCGGAAGCUGUGUUGGUGCUAGCAAACGCCAUCUACUUUAAAGCAACUUGGCAACACCAGUUUGAUCCAGAUGACACCGUCGAAAGAGCUUUUAGGCUGAAUGAGAAUGAAAGUAAACCUGUGCACAUGAUGCAUCAGAAAGGUAUUUUUAAGUUGGGACGCAUGGGAGAGAUGAACGCACGGAUUCUUUGCCUCCCGUAUGUUGAAGAAGUGCUGUCCAUGCUCAUUAUGCUGCCAAAUGACAUCGGUGAUCUGGAACAGGUUGAGAAAGCAAUGAGCUGGGGAAAUUUAUCCUGCUGGAGUGCCUCUGAAAAUCUGACAGAGGAUCAUGUGGAGGUGUAUAUACCUCGGUUCAAGCUUGACGAUGCUUUUGACCUCAACUUGACUUUGAAAUCCCUGGGGGUGACAGACGUGUUUGACGCAUCCAAGGCCAACCUUUCUGGAAUGUCUCCCUCCCGGCUGCUCUUCUUGUCCAAAGUGGUUCACAAAGCCUACGUGGAUGUCAAUGAAGUAGGCACCGAAGCGGCAGGUGCAACAGGUGCUGCGGUCUCCACCAGAUCCUUAAUAUCUUAUGAUCUAUUUUUGGCUGAUCACCCAUUCCUUUUCUGCAUCCGACACAAUCCUACCAAUACCAUCCUUUUCAUUGGCAAACUCUGCUCUCCUUAAGGCUCAAGUCAGCUUCCUUCUUUAACCUUAUUAAAGAUUUAUCUCACGAUGA